ACAAAAGAACAACAAGAGAUGAAGGUCUUCAUCGAACAGGAGACUGGGCGACUCAAGCUACAGAGCUCAAUCUCCGACUUUACAGAGCGCUGCUUCCCCAAGUGUCUCGUCUCGCCUAACUCGGUACAGAAAGAUGCCUUGAGCAAUUCAGACCAGCAGUGCCUUUCAAACUGUGUCGGCAGAUAUCUUGACGUCAAUAUUCAA